UACAAUGUCGAAAUUUUGUUUCUGACAGGAAAUUUUGUUCCCGCAGAAUUUUCCCUGAAAGUUCGUUGCUACCCAGAUUUGGAGAAAUCUGUCAGCUUUGGCAGCCCCAGUUGUGUGGUGUUGUACAAAGAUUGGAUGAAUGAAAAAGGAAUUGGUGGAAUAAGAUGAGUUAAAUCUAGAAAGAAACAAUCAGAAUUAUUAUUAAGAAGCUGAAGCUGAAACUGAUGGGCAAGGUUCGGCUGAUUUUAUACGAUUUUAUCAUCUCCUUCAUGUGGGUAUGGUCUGGUAGUAUGGUAAAGAUGUUUGUGAUGGUGGGUUUAGGGAUGGCUGACCAACCAAAGGCUGAAAUCGUGAAGGGUGCUUUGUCGGUUAUCAACAUGUUCUUCUUUGCAUUCUUGGCUAAGGUUACCAAAGGUGGCACUUACAAUCCUUUGACCGUUUUCUCUUCUGCCGUUUCUGGGGAUUUCAGCCACUUUCUUUUCACUGUUGGGGCCAGAAUUCCCGCUCAGAUAAUCGGAUCUAUUACUGGGGUUAGGUUCAUUAUUCAGACAUUUCCUGGAAUUGGACUUGGCCCUCGUUUGAAAGUUGACAUCCACCGAGGUGCACUAACUGAAGGAUUCUUGACUUUUGCAAUUGUCAUCAUCUCACUUGGGCUUGCUAGAAAGAUCCCGGGUAGUUUCUUCAUGAAGACAUGGAUUGCAAGUGUCUCCAAGUUAGCUCUACAUAUUCUUGGAUCUGAUCUCACCGGUGGAUGUAUGAACCCUGCCUCUGUGAUGGGAUGGGCUUAUGCUCGGGGAGAUCAUGUCACGAAGGAGCAUAUACUUGUAUACUGGCUUGCUCCAAUAGAGGCAACUUUAUUGGCAGUCUGGAUUGUUCAGUUGGUAGGUAAGCCAGUAACAGAGGAGAAAGAAAAUGUAAAAGCUAAAUCAGAGUGAGUCCCACUACUUUUUGUUGAAAUUCAAUGAACUGAUCUGUGAGUCCAUGAGAAGUAAAAUGUAUGUAAAAUUCAAAGAUUGAAGAAAAUUCAACCUAUUUUUUCAUGGAUUUCAUCGGUUCAGAAAUCUAUAUGAAUUAUAAAUGGUUUUACUUACUUUGUCCUUACCAUAUUUAUUUCUUACAUGUGCUACAUAUCCUUGGUAAUUUAGUUUUUAGGUUUGAUAUAGUGACUGUGAAAGUAAAUGAUGUAAACCAAGUAAAGGAAAGAGAUAGAAAAUAGAAAUCAGAGAUAGGCCUGCAUGUGCUACAUUUCCUUGAUAAUUUAGUUAUUUAGUUUGAUAUAGUGGCUGUGAAAGUAAAGGGUGUAGAAUAAGUAAGGAAAUAGAUAGAAAAUAGAAAUCUAGAGGGAAAAUCAAACAUAAGGCAAAAGGAAUUAAGGAGAAACAAAAGAAACAGGGAAACAAAUAGAAGAACUUUUUUUUUUUUUUGAAAUAAUAUAAAUAGA